CCCGUACCGUGCCCGACAGUGGGCACAGCACGCUUGUUUGCGCAUGGACAGGGCUUUUGAGACCUCCCUGUCCCACCAUGCUUUGCGUCGGCGUUUUUUGUUUGUUUUGUGGGAGGGCAGGAAUGAAUGUCUUUUUAUAACUGACUUUAUGUUGUUCAGUAGCCACUGCUAAAAAAUUUCAUAUUCGUUCGUGUCCACUUGUUCGCAGAGCUCUCCAGUGCUUUUACCGGUUUCCUCCAGGAAGGAGGAAGAUGCUAGUGGCCAGACCUGUCCUCCUCGCCCAUUAAAGAGGUGCAUGCCUGUCAGAUGGCCUUUCCUGCCAUGGACGCCGAACAGUUAGGAGCUCCCACUGUGCUCGCCAGUGAACCUCAGCCCAUACGCCCUACGGAAACGGCGGACGCUGCACGGUUAGAAGCUCAGCGUGUUCGCGACCGUGACCGCAAGCGCGGUCGACGAGCAAAUAGCCCCUUAGUUCGCGCUGCGAGAACAGCAGCAAAACGCCGGUGGAGACAAGCAAACCGCGAGAAAGAAGCAGAGACACAACGUCGGCGCAGGGCAGCCAAUCCCGAGAUUCGAAACAAGGAAAUGGAGGCACAACGUCGGCGUAGAGCAGCAAACCCUGAGAUUCGAGACAAGGAAUUGGAGGCACAACGUCGGCGCAGAGCAAUGGACCCCGAGGUCCGAAAAAGAGAAUCGGAGGCACAACGUCGGCGCAGAGCAACAAACCCCGAACUGCGCAAGAAAGAAGCUGAGGCAAAACGUCGCCGCAGAGCGGCCAACCCCGAGAUGCGAAAGAAGGAAGCGGAGGCAAAACGUCAGCGCAGAGCAGCGAACCCUGGGAUUCAAAAUAAAGAAGUGGAACUGCAACGUAAGCGAAGACUAGAGAACCCUGACCAGCAGAAGCAAGAAGCUGAAUGGAAACGCCAUUGCAGACAAAUGGACGUUAUGGAAGGCGCUGAUGCACGGUUCAUCCGGGACUUCCUUGACUGCUCCUUUGGCCACACUUGUCAACCUGCAAAGAGUGUUAUCUGGGACCACAACUACGGCGAGGUGCCUCGUGACGUUGCUGUCCAAACUGACGGGAUGCAAGCCACACACGCACUGUCAAAAGGUGCGCAGGUGGAACUUGAUAAAGUAUUUGCAUCCAAGGGGACACAGUGCUGCAUUUAGCCUUGGCCAGCAGUGGACUCUGAUGGGCAUCCAGUCAGUGCACCUCCUUCACCACCUUCAGUGAAGCGCUCAACGCAACUGCCAUUUGCAAGAGGUCAUGACAAGACAUGAUACCGCACUGGACGACUCGUGUCUUGUCCACCGGCUUCUGGAGAGAUGACUUGCCUCUGGCCAAUCCAGUACACUGGGGUUAGGCUGUCAACGUUGCAUUUGGAGCAGUUUGCAGCAGCAUGAACGAGAUGCCUCAGAGAGCUGUGGGGACCUUGCAGCAACAUGUGA